GUUCAACCAGUUGCGUUCAGACGCUCAAACAGAUUAGACGGGAACCAUAAUGCUCCGUGAUUGAACAUCAAUACAAGCUCAUAAACUGAUUCAAAAUGGCAUUUUUAAGUCAUAUAAUCUUGUAUUCUGCUAUUGUGACGUGUCACCUAGGUUUGACUGAGAUAGUUAUGAGUGAAGGAGGCGGAUAUAAUAAUAUUGUUGUGGAAAUUAGUAAAUAUUUAAACGAAGAUGAAUGCCCAGCAAUACUCAAAGGAUUAAAGGAUUUGCUGGAUGUUUCUAGCUUGAGUUUGCAUAAAUCCAGCUCAGGUCUAUUCUACUUCCAGUCAAUAACUGUCUUGGUUCCAGCCGACUGGAAGGAUUCUAGCUGCGGCGUGAGUAUACGAGGACCUGGGGCGGAUACUCCAUACGCCCCGGCGGAUAUCUACAUAGAGAAGCCCGGAGCCGUUGGCGGAUAUCUGCCUUUAACACAACAGUCAUCUGGAUGCGGGGUUGGUGGAGACUUUAUAUCCCUCCCUCAUACCUUCAUUUCAAACCAGAAUAUCACAGACAGACAGGCCAGACAGUUUGUACAUGAAUGGAGUAAGUUCAGAUAUGGAAUCUUUGAUGAAUCUGGGUUUCCGGGAGACUCUGUAUAUCCUGGAUACUACCGGAGAGAUGGAAAACCUCUCCCUGUUGUUUCCCACAACGGUAUUCUGGCAGGAAUGUGGUUAAAGAACGGAGAAGCAUGCGACCCUACGGAAUCAGCAGAAUGUAUCUUUACUCCGGAACCGACAGACGAGAUCACCUGCUCUCUUGGGAACGGUCUUAACCUGGCCAAUAGUUAUAGAUAUUGUAACAGUUCAGAGUUUAAAACAACUCCGACAAAACAAGCAGUUUUGUGUCAGGGACUCUCUACGCAGGACGUUAUUAGUCGUCAUGCAGACUUUAUCAAAGUGCAGUCUGGCACUGGAUCCGGGAUUGAUCUAACUCCAGAGAUAAGAAUAGUACGCGGACCCCCUACCAAGUUUGUUUUGGCCAUCGACACCUCAGCCACGAUGAAUGAUCAUUGGCGUUGGAUAGUUAAGGCGGCGCACAAGUUUAUUCGCUACGAUAUGCCAGUCAACUCAAAUUUGGCUGUUCUUACCUUCAAUGACAAGGCUAAAAUUGAACAUCCCCUCAUAGAAGUUACCAGUGAUGAUAUUCGGGGUCGGCUAGCUGAUCUUAUUCCUGUCAAAUACCAUCUCAGUACUGGAGAGAGAAGCUGUGUAGCAUGCCUGGUUCAAACUGUGUUUAAAGAUGUUCUGAAAAACAAUAUGGCCGGGGCUCACAUCAUCCUUGUCACCCACGGGAACAGGGAGAUCAACACCGUUGAGAUGACAGAGAUGAAGAAUCUUGUGAUCAAUAAUAAUGCAAAGCUAUCAUCUAUUAUUAUUCCCAGUGAUCGAAACGAAUUUUUCGGAAAUAUAGCUGACUUAUCCCAGGGUUUAAACUAUCAGCUCUCCGACACCGGACAUUCCAUGGAUUUCCUGUUUCAAAUGAACUCUGCCUUCAGUAGUAUCCUAAGACAGGAGAGCAUCUACCCAACCGAGAUACCGGAGCUAGUCCACCAGGCUGAGUACUACAGCGGGGACGAGGGGCUUAGCGAGGGCAGGUUCAUCAUUGACGCCACCUUGGGUCGGGAUACUAUGUUCGGUAUCUAUGUGAAGGAUGAAGAGGAUCAUUUGAUUAGAUCUGUUCAGUUUACAGAUUCAAGAGGAAAUGUUUACGGCCCGUUCUCCAAGAUGUCGUCUUCUUUUGACCGUGUUAACCUCAAAACGAUCAAUUAUAUUGGACAAGUUCCACCUUUUGGAGAUUCUGCCCUGCUCGGUACAGAGUGGAAGUAUAGAAUAGAGUGGGAUACUGAGGAAGGACGAACCAGGAAAAGUUUGGUUGUCCUAACCUCAAAACCCCGGAGUAAGGACGAGUCCCAACUUAUCUCCGUGACCUCCUGGACAUCGGGACGAGACGGAGAGGAUCAACUUAUUCGGGUUCUGGCUAAAGUAAGAAAAGGUUUGCGACCUAUCUUGAAUGCUUCUGUUUAUCUUGAUGUAGAGAUAGAUACAGAAAAUGGAACAGGACUGGCAAUUCUACCCUUGCAAAUGCUAGAUAAUGGACAUGGAGAUGUAGAUCUGAUGUCGGGGGACGGAAUCUACUCUGCAGUACUCACCUCCUAUCCUAGUACAGGCAGAUACAAGUUUACUCUCAGAGUGUCCGGAACCAACACAACCCUUUUUCCGGUCCAAGGAGCAAUCGCUGAAACCGCCGGCGGUUCUGCUGUAAAGUUUGCGGCGGAGAAAUUGGUUCCAACCGGCGAGUUUUUCCGUACCGUCUCCGGUCCUGUUGAAUACAUAGCCAAGGUUCCAGAUACAAGAACUAUUCCUCCAGGCAAGGUGACGAAUCUAGAGAUUCAGGUUGGAGAGGAGGGACGACUAUUCUCCUCGUGGACAUCCUCCGGGGGAGAUUUAAACUCCGGGUCUGUCUCUGGAUACAGGUUUGUCUACUCCGAGGAUAUCUCCGAACUGCUGGAUAUCAAUGCUGAACCUAGAUCUCUGAUAAACCUGGAUUUAAAUCAACCUGCUGGUGUGCUCACUACUCAGGAUAUUCAGUUCCCGUACUACGAGCAGGAUUACUAUAUUGGACUCAUCCCUGUGGACUCCGACGGAAACCUUGGAAUGAUCUCGAACCUUGUUCAUGUUUUCCUUCCUGCCCCUCCCUCCCUACUCCAGGAUGCUGGUCUCACAUCUCCAGCUCCCAGCCUCAGUAUUCUCAACUCGGAGAAAGAUUGGAUCAUGGUUGGAGUUAUCUGUGGUAUCCUCCUCGUUCUUAUCGUUAUAUCCGUCGUUAGUAUCUCAUACUUCUGUUGUAUGUCAAGGAAACCGCGACAAGAGAGAAAAUCUGCGACAGGAAGUGUCAGCGAUGUUCAUGUCGUCAGCUCUGGGUCCUCAGAUCAUACGGACGGGACGGAUGCGGGUAGUUUUGACUCCGAUAUGAAAAACUUGAGCGGUAAUAAUAUAGUUACUGGAUACGAUCCUAGAGAUAUAGAAUUUGGACUCCAGUAUACAGGAUCAAGACAUCUGGAGGUUGAAACCCCAACCAAAGAUUCUGGAGCAUCCACCAGAGCUACUCCAGUUUAUUGGAGCGCAUCCCAGCUCCUCUCUAAACUGGAGGAGGGAGGUUCCUAUGCUCCGGAGUAUAGUUACCACUACUCUACUGCCUCCGGAGUAAAACUCUCCGAUCAAUCCCGUUCCAUAAACCUGGAGGUUGCUCCCCUACCUACAGAGUACCUGGAGAACAGAUCAGGAAUCCCAGAAGAAUUUUGUGUAACUGUUAGUAAUCUUCCAAACAGAUACACAGAUACAGACAGAUAUGCAGACAGCCAGGCUACAUCUGUUAUCAUGACAGACAGUUUCAGGAACUCACACAGAUCUAGAGAUAGGGCUCUCCCCCCUCCUCUCUACCCUAAACCUAAGAAUAUAACCCAAGUUUAAAACAAAGUUAAGGGAUCUUGCACCUGAAUAUUCAGAAAAACUCUCACUGUGAUCUAGUCCUAAUUGUGUGUUAAAGUUUGGAUUUUAUGAACCUUAGAUCAUUUUGAUUCAUAUAUGUAUAUAUGAAUUAUAAUUCAAAAGUUACAUCUUAUGAAAAAUGCGAUUGAAAGUUCAGUAUUAUUAACUCAAGCUCAGUGUUAUAAUCCAAAGUUUAAUAAAGCGAACUUGAACAUUUAAAAUCGACUUAAACUCCAAACUUGUUCGUCCUUCAUAGUAUUGUGAUGUAAAUGUAAUCUUAAACAUAAUGUUAUCUUUUUGAUUACUGUUUUUAUACAAAUCAUUAUGUUAAUAAAUCAUUGAAGUUACA